ACUUGUCUAUCAAAAAGAUAAAGUCGAAGACAAAUGAUUUCCCAUGGAUUAAACUGAAUGAAUAUGUAACGUAACAUUAAUUUCAUCACAGAUCAAAAUCUCCUGUGCGUCGCUCGCAGGUUUUCCCUCCAUGCUUCGAAGCCCAGGACACGCACCCCAGCCAAUCGUAUCACGCCACGUAGCAGUUAUCGGCGCCGGCGCCGCAGGCCUAGUAACUGCUCGAGAGCUCCGCCGCGAGGGCCACAGCGUGGUGGUCUUCGAGCGAGGCGACCAGGUUGGCGGCACCUGGGUCUACACCCUGAAUGUCGAAUCCGACCCGAUUGGACUCGAACCGACUCGGACCACGGUCCACUCCAGCCUCUACGACUCCCUCCGCACCAACAUCCCCCGAGAGGCCAUGGGCUUCAGGGACUACCCUUUCGUCCCCAAAGACGACCCGGAUAGAGACCCGAGACGGUUCCCGGGUCACCGAGAGGUUCUGAUGUAUCUGCAAGACUUCACGCGCGAGUUCAGGAUUGAUGAGUUGGUGAGGUUUGAAACGGAGGUAGUGCGCGUGAGAUUGGUGGAGGAGGAGGAGAAAUGGAAAAUAAAAUCAAAACAGAGGUCAGGCAAAGAAAUGGGUUUGGAAUUGGAUGAGAUAUUUGACGCUGUUGUUGUAUGCAAUGGCCAUUUCACCGAGCCUCGUGUCGCCUAUAUUCCUGGAAUAAAUGAGUGGUCUGGGAAGCAAAUGCAUAGCCACAAUUAUCGUGAUCCAGAACCUUUUCGAGAUCAAGUUGUAGUUUUGAUUGGGAAUUCAGUUAGUGCAUUCGAUAUUUCUUGGGAAGUAGCUGGAGUUGCCAAAGAAAUCCACAUUGCAGCUCGGACGGUCAUAGAUGGAACGUUUGGAAAACAGCCUGCCUAUGAUAAUAUGUGGCUUCAUCCUAUGAUAAAAGAUGUAUGUGAAGAUGGUUCUGUAAAUUUUCUAGAUGGGAGCAUUGUCAUUGCUGACAUCAUUCUACACUGUACAGGGUACAAGUAUCAUUUUCCUUUUCUUGAAACCAAUGGCAUUGUGACUGCGGAUGACAAUCGUGUUGGGCCACUAUACAAGCAUAUGUUUCCACCAGCCUUGGCUCCACGGCUCUCCUUUGUUGGAUUACCUUGGAAGGCCAUUCCUUUUCCCAUGUUUGAAUUACAAAGCAAGUGGAUAGGUGGUGUUUUGUCUAAUCGAUUCACGCUUCCAUCACAAGAGGAGAUGAUGGGAGAUGUUGAAGCCUUCUACUCAUCACUUGAAACUUUUGGCACUCCAAAGCGAUACACUCAUUGUUUGGGUGAUAAUCUGGUAGAGUACAAUAAUUGGCUUGCGAGUCAGUGUAGAUGUCCUGCAUUUGAAGAUUGGAGAAUGCAAAUGUUUUUGGUCACUAUCAAGAGCAAACUAGCUCAUCUUGAAUCUUACCGCGAAGAAUGGGAAGCUCAGCACUUGGUUUUGCAAGCUUAUGAGGAUUUCAUUAAGCACACCUCAGAACAAGUUAGCUAGUGAUAGAUCAGAAAUGUGUCUUUCCUUAAUCAAGUUUCAAGACUCACCAUUUUUCAUUGUAUCUCACAUGCCAAAACCCUAGCCGCCUUUCUAUUGUUGGCUUCUAUUCCUCUUGGUUAGUCAUUGUUCUAAGUAGUAAUGUACAUUAAGAAUAAUGUGAAUCUAUUCCUUUGAAAUGAAUUAAAUAAUGAGAUGUAGCAUUAAACAUAA